GGCAACCAACUUGUGCAAGUAUCUCGCUUGCUUUUGGUCUUCCGUCCUCUUCUCACGCCAAUAAACACAUCCUCCAGCAUGUCAGGCAACGUCAAAACGCAAGCGGAGGUGAAGGACAUCACGCGCAUCGAGCGCAUCGGUGCACACUCGCACAUCCGCGGCCUUGGAUUGGACGACAGUCUGGAGCCACGCAUGACCUCGCAGGGCAUGGUAGGCCAGACGGAGGCUCGUAAAGCUGCGGGUAUUGUCGCCAAGAUGAUCGAGGAGGGCAACAUCGCUGGUCGCGCCAUCUUAUUGGCCGGUAAGCCUGGCACCGGUAAGACGGCGAUUGCCAUGGGUAUUGCACAGGCUCUAGGAGAAGACACACCGUUUACUACCAUCGCCGGUAGCGAGGUGUUCUCGCUCGAGAUGAGCAAGACAGAGGCCUUGACGCAGGCAUUCCGUCGCUCUAUUGGCGUGAGAAUCAUGGAAGAGACGGAGAUUAUCGAAGGAGAAGUUGUUGAGAUCCAGGUGGACACUCCUACUGGCGGUGUGGGUGAUAAAGUGGGCAGAUUAACGCUCCGAACGACAGAAAUGGAGACGGUAUACGAUCUUGGAGCCAAGAUGAUUGACUCCCUGACCAAGGAGAAGGUCGAGGCAGGUGAUGUGAUUACUAUCAACAAAGAGUCUGGCAAGAUCUCCAAACUCGGACGGUCGUUCACGCGCUCUCGUGACUAUGAUGCAAUGGGGGCACAGACUCGGUUUGUGCAAUGUCCCGAGGGGGAACUACAGAAGCGGAAGGAGGUCGUGCACGUGGUAUCACUCCACGAGAUCGACGUCAUCAACUCGCGCUCUCAAGGUUUCCUUGCGCUGUUCGCUGGCGACACUGGAGAGAUCAAGGACGAAGUGCGUGAACAGAUCGACACGAAGGUCGCAGAGUGGCGUGAGGAAGGCAAAGCCACAAUCGUGCCUGGCGUGCUGUUUAUCGACGAGGUUCACAUGCUGGAUAUCGAGUGUUUCUCGUGGCUCAACCGUGCGCUCGAGAGCGACAUGGCUCCUGUGCUUAUCAUCGCUACGAACCGUGGCAUCACUCGUAUUCGAGGGACUAACUACAAGAGUCCGCACGGUAUCCCUAUCGACUUGUUGGAUCGACUCAUGAUCAUCCCUACGAGGCCGUACAGCGAGGCCGAGAUGCGUAAGAUCCUGAUUAUUCGCUGCGAAGAGGAAGACGUCGAGAUGACUGAAGAGGCCAAAGAUUUGCUUACACGUAUCGCAGUGGAGACGUCGCUGCGAUAUGCUAUCCAAAUGAUCAUCACAGCGUCGCUCGUAUGCUCCAAGCGCAAGGGUACAGAGGUGGACGUGCCCGAUAUCAAGCGUGUCUACUCGCUGUUUGCCGACGUCAAGCGCUCCACGCAGUUCCUGAUGGAAUAUCAACGCGAGUUCAUGUUCCACGAAGUGGACGACGAAGAGGAAGACGAGGAUAUGGAGCAGUAGAUGAGGACUACUGGCAGUCGCAG